AUGCGGCGCGGUCUCCUUAUCUUCCUUCUCGUCAACCUCCUCAUCCUCUCCUUCCUUGUUCGCAGCGUCUCAACCCUUCUCUCCCUGCUAGUCGAAGAUGCUGCCGCAGACGCCAUUCACCGCGCCGAGCUACCCUCACCAAACUCAAGCUUGAUCGAACAACGCCCGCAAAUAAUCCCCAAGAUUAUUCACCAGACUUAUAAAAACGAAACAAUUCCUGAGGUCUGGGUUGAGGCUCAACAGAGCUGUAUCGACCUGCACCCGGAUUAUGAAUAUAUUCUCUGGACAAACGAAAAAUCACGCGAGUUCAUCGCCGCCGAAUACCCCUGGUUCUUGGACACUUUUGAUGGCUACAGCUAUCCCAUCCAGCGCGCAGACUCAAUUCGAUACUUCGUGCUAGCUCACUACGGAGGAACCUACAUCGAUCUCGACGACGGCUGCAACCGCCGCUUGGAUCCUCUUCUUGCGUACCCCGCGUGGGUGCGCCGCACUGCGCCAACAGGUAUCUCCAACGACGCUAUGGGCUCUGUCCCCCAGCACCCGUUCUUCCUGCGCGUCAUCGAACUCCUGCAGCAGUAUGAUCGCCAUUGGGUCCUGCCGUACAUCACCGUCAUGUAUUCCACCGGCCCACUCUUCUUGUCCGUUAUUUGGAAGGAAUAUAUGCAUGAUAAGCCCAGCGAGGCGGGUCGUGUCCGUAUCCUCAUGCAGGAUGAGUAUAACAAGUUCUCGUGGAGCUUCUUUACCCACCACCGGGGUAACAGCUGGCAUGGAAAGGACGCCCACCUCAUUUUCUGGAUGGGCCAACAUUGGCUAUUCCUUACUGUCUGCGGCUUCUGCAUCGCCGGUGUUGUGGGCUUCUGUCUCUGGUGGAGCUACGGCCGAAUCAUGCUCCUGGGAGCUAAAUACCGCUACCGCUACACGAAAGUCCCUGCAAUCAUCAGCCCACGUCUGUCGACUUCUCCAACGCGCCGAUCGCGCCUGACCGUGCCUACACUCCUGCGCCGCGUCAGUUUCAAAGAAGACGAGGAACUAGGCGGUGUCACGGAGACUUCGUACGAACUCGGCCGUCGCGACGACUGA